CAAAUAAUGACAUAUAGGUUAUGUUUUGAUAAACAAAGGAAACUGACACGCUUAUUUACAUUGUUGUUUACACCCUUUGCAUGUUAUUAUUUAAUUUUUAAGAGUUUUAAUUAAUUAUAAUUUUACUUACAAUGUCACUGCCACCUAAAAUAAGAAAAUUGGAUGAAGUCGUAGUAAAUAGAAUUGCAGCUGGAGAAGUAAUUCAACGACCGGCAAAUGCUUUGAAAGAACUAAUUGAAAACUGUUUGGACGCGAAAGCUACGAAUAUACAAAUUACAGUCAAGGAAGGUGGCAUGAAACUAUUGCAGAUUCAGGAUAAUGGAACCGGAAUUCGAAAAGAUGACAUGGAAAUAGUUUGUGAAAGAUUUACGACAAGUAAAUUGGAGAAAAUUGAAGAUUUACAAGCAUUAACUACUUAUGGAUUUCGGGGAGAAGCUUUGGCUAGUAUUAGUCAUGUGGCACAAUUGACUAUUACUACUAAAACAAUGGAAGAAAAAUGUGCCUACAAAUGUUCUUAUUGCGAUGGUGCAUUAAAAGCUCCACCAACUUAUUGUGCUGGAAAUCAAGGCACUACAAUAACGGUUGAAAAUUUAUUUUACAAUGUACCAACCCGGAGAAAAGCCUUAACAAGCGCCACAGAAGAAUUUUCCAGAGUUGCCGAAGUUGUGACAAAAUAUGCUGUACACAAUCCUUCGAUUGGUUUCAGUUUAAAGAAACAUGGAGAGACAAAUACACACGUAAAAACACCGCAUUCAUCGACGAAAGCGAAUAAUAUUCGAUUACUUUACGGCAAUCAAGUGGCUCGUGAACUCCUCGAAAUUGAACUGAACGAUGAGAAGCAUAAUUUUAAAUUACAUGCGUUAAUAACAAAUCCAAAUUAUUCCAACAAAAGAUUAGUAUUUCUUCUCUUUAUCAAUCAUCGUUUAGUAGAUUCAUCAAUGCUGAAAAAAAUGUUAGAAGAUCUUUAUUCCGUGCAUUUACCGAAAAAAACACAUCCCUGGUGUUACAUAUCACUGGAAAUUGAUCCCCACAAUGUGGACGUUAAUGUUCAUCCAACAAAACAUGAGGUACGCUUUCUCCACGAGGACUCGAUAAUUGAAAAAAUAAAAAUUGCCCUAGACGAAAAACUCUCCGGUGUCAGUGGAACAAGAACGUUUUACAUGAAAUCAAAACUACCAAAUGUCGACGUCACUAAAGAUGUUCUAAAAGAAGUAUUACCCGAUUACGAUUCACAAAGAACCGAGAAAACCAAAAAACCAUAUGCUCACGAAAUGAUACGAACAAAUUCAUCGGAUCAAAAAUUGGAUAAAUUCAAUUUCAGCAUUAAUUCUGGUAGUAAAAAUAAAAAUCUAUCUAUGGACAAAUCGAAAGAAACUGAAGAAGCUCAGAUUGAGAAACAAGGUGAAAAAGAAAGAGAAAAAAGAAAAGAAUCCGAAAAUACGGAAAGUGAUCGAAAUAUUGUAGAAAUUCAAAAUAUUCAAAAGAUUCAAGAAAUUCAAGAAAUUCAAGAUCCUCAAGACGAAACGAUUCUACGUUCAGAGGUGUCAAACAAUUUAGAGGAUUACGCAAUGCAAGAGGAUAAUUCAACCUGUUUUAUGCUUUCCGAUUCAGACGAAUCGAUUGCAGAUGUGACGAAGACUAAUAAAACCGUUGAUAUGGAACUUGAAUCGUCCGAUAGUAGUUUGAUAGCAAAUAAAGCUCUCGAAAGAAUAUAUAAACAUUGGGGUGGUGCACCAAAACCGAAGGAAAAUGACGAGAGUGUAAAAAAGAAUUCGUCAGACAUUGAAAAAUCGUGUGACAAUGAUGGAAAGGAAAAUGAAACCGAGGAGAAAAGCGAGGAUAAACAAAAACAAAAAGAAACAAUAGUGAAGGACGAUUGUAAUCGUGAAAAAUCGUCAGACUUGGAAUUUAAAUCAUAUUCCGUAAAUGAUUUCAGAAGGGAAGUGAAAUUAAAAAGUAUUCUCAUGUUGAGAAAAAAAGUCGAAGACAAUUAUCACGCUGGUCUUCGUGAGAUUUUGUCAAAUUUAAUAUUCGUCGGUUGUAUUGACGAAGGUUUUUCUCUCAUUCAAAGUGGCAUCAAUUUGUAUAUUUGCAAUACUCAAAAUCUUGUGGAAGAAUUAUUUUACGAAAUUAUGCUCUAUGAUUUUGCUAAUUACGGUGUUAUAAAAUUCUCCGAACCGUUGCCAAUUUACGAUCUGGCAAUGUUGGGUCUCGAGACAAAAGAUGCCGGAUGGACCGAAGAAGAUGGCAAAAAGGAAGAUUUAGCGAAAAGCGUAGAAGAACUACUUUUGGAAAAAGCCGACAUGAUGAAGGAAUAUUUUUCAAUUGUUAUAGACAAAAAAGGAAAUCUAAAGUCUCUGCCAAUACUAUUAGAUCAGUAUUAUCCAAACGAAGCCGGAAUUCCCCUGUUCAUACUGCGAUUAGCGACCGAAGUCGACUGGAAUGUUGAGCAAACAUGCUUUCAGAAUAUUUGUCGAGAAACUGCAAAACUUUACAGUCAAAUUGACACCGAGUCAGAUACGUACGAUUGGAAGCAUGUGACUGAACACAUUUUAUACAGCGCAAUAAAAGAAAGUUUACUUCCACCAAAUCAUUUUGCGCACGAUUCAACAUUACUUCAAUUAGCAUCAUUAUCUGAUUUAUACAAAGUAUUCGAACGUUGUUAAUUUUAUCGACAAAUAAAAUAUUUGUUUUUUUUAUUAA